GCAUGCUGCGCGGAAGCCCCGACCGACCUACGUAUUCGUGACAUCCCGUACGUGGUCAAUUUUUUUUUAUCGCUCUCUAAUAUCCACACACACCUCAACCCCUCACCCCGCCUAUAUUCCACACCAAAAAAAAUCAUUCAUCAUCACCUCACCUGGGCGACGUCGCAAGCAAUUGCAUCGCAACCAGAUUGCCUCUCCGCCUUGCUCUUGCGAUUAGUGUGUGCGCAAGCCACUCUCUAGACUUAAUUUUUUUUCUAUCCGGUCGACGAGGACGUUAUUGCAAUCGUCUCCCACGACAAAGGUUUCAAGACCUGAACUGACAGUUAUCUGAUCCUCUGUUCAGACUCUACCUUUGCUCGACGUCGAGUUUUAUUCAUCCGUCGAGAAACACAAGAAAUCAAUUCGCAUCUGCUGUCACACACCGGCGCAGUUGUCGACUACGAAUAGAAGAACAUUUUCCUUUCGCUGCCAAGUUGUGAACCUAAGACGUCACCACAAAAAAGUUUUUUUCCUCGAGUGCCUUUUGCGUGUAUCGCCACCGCCGCCGAGAUCCCGUCGACCGAGACAUUCACUUGACCUCGGUUUAUCUGUUCGCCUGAACCGCGACUAAGAGGACGCAGAUUGAGACACAUCAUCGCCUCUGACGCAUCUCUGGAAGAACUACUGUUGGGGAGACAUUAGCUUGUUCAUCUCCGACGUCUGGAUCUAUUCAAACCGUCGAUUGCUUCCACUUCAAAUAUGGAGGGUAUUCAAACACACCCAUCGAAUGCGGCACAGGCCAAGGCAUUCACUGCGCCUGGUUCUCUCUCCUUUCCUGGAGGUCAUGGAGAGCUCACGCCUCCGAAUGAUGCCAACGGCCAGCGACCAGCUGCCAAUGGCGCUCCGCUGGGGUCUCAAGCCGCAAAUGGCACUGGGGUGACUCCCGCGACUCCAGCAGCAACUCCUGCCGCAACCCAGACUGGUAGCGGUUUGACACCGACGCUACAAAACAUUGUAGCUACCGUGAACUUGGAUUGCCGUUUGGAUUUGAAGACUAUUGCACUUCACGCCCGGAACGCGGAGUACAACCCUAAGCGUUUCGCUGCUGUUAUCAUGCGUAUCCGUGAGCCAAAGACGACGGCUUUGAUCUUCGCCUCAGGCAAGAUGGUUGUCACCGGCGCCAAGUCCGAGGACGAUUCGAAGCUUGCGUCCCGCAAGUACGCCCGUAUCAUCCAAAAGCUUGGGUUCAACGCCAAGUUCACCGACUUCAAGAUCCAGAACAUUGUUGGCUCGUGCGACAUUAAAUUCCCCAUUCGCUUGGAGGGACUCGCUUCGCGCCAUCACAAUUUCAGUUCUUACGAGCCUGAGUUGUUCCCUGGUCUUAUCUACCGCAUGAUCAAGCCGAAGAUUGUCCUUCUAAUCUUCGUAAGCGGAAAAAUUGUCCUGACUGGCGCCAAGGUGCGCGAGGAGAUCUACCAGGCCUUCGAGAUGAUCUACCCUGUCCUCCAAGACUUCCGCAAAGUCUAGAAACAGUCCACUUCUACCAUGAUGAAUUCACGAUAUCAGAAUACCCCCGCACUCGCAAUUACCCCCAAAAAUAUCUGCAGGACUGGUCGGUUGAUCGAUAAAACCUGUCAUAGACCACCAGUCUUCUGCCUGUACCACCUUGUCGACAUUUUUCGAGUUUUAUUUUCCUCUUUUUUCAUGAGCAUUGCAUUGGCGUUCAGAGGGGAUGGCCUACAAAGAUGGCAUCACACAUUUUUAUUUCGGCGGACAAAAAAAUGAUUCUCACGGAUGGUUUUUCGCGACAACUCACCUUUAGAGUUUUGCUCCCCAUCAAGGGGCGUUCGGCGGCAAGAUUGCGCAGGUUGUGAGAACUGUCGUCUUUUUAAUAUGCAGGCGACUCAUGACUAGGGCCUGGGGGGAUCAACCAAGAAUGGAUGGAAGGCGUGGUUGGCGCCUGCUCUUGCUUGAGCAUCCUUUUGACUUACUCUGUCCCAGGUGCUCACUUGGCCCAACUCAUGUGUAACCUUGAGCAUGGGCACGGCGUAAUGGUGAUGGUACGGCUUCACAAGCGCUAACGGUGCGUGGACUUCGGUUGCGUGUGGUGAUGGUUCUUAUUACCAUUAAUUAGUCAGGUACCGGUGACGACCACUAGGUGGUUGAUAGCCAUAAAGAGCCCAAACACAUUGCGUCACUACACAUGUCUCGUCCACGGUUGGUGUUCAUAACUUUGAUGUUUUCGUCGACUUGGCCAACUCCUUUUUGAAGUAGCGACCAGCUUGUCCGGCGCGGCUGCCGUCCUCUGUGCAAACUUGGUCCCAGCGGACGUCGUCAGGUAGACUCUUGAAUGCCCACUUUUCCGCAAAUUCUGACGGUCGAUCAUAUGCGAUACAGUCGGCAAUCCGUUCUCCAAGAACCGGCAAGAACUAAAAUACAGCAAAAAGAGCGAGUCAGCAAGGCAAAAUAUGGCAUGGUGUCCACGCAGUGAGCAGACAUUGCUUGUAGAUUUUCGACGCACCUUGAAACCAUGGCCGCUACCACCAGUGGCGAGGAAAAGACCUUCCCACUCAGGAUGGUAAUCGAUGAUGAAAUCGCCCGACUUUGUGUCGGUGUACCAGCAUACGCGGGUUGAAGUGAAGGGCCGGUCAUGAAUCGCAGGAAUCGGGACCAUGUCUCUUAGCGCAGAACGUAAAGCUUCCUUGCUUUCCUGAGGAAUAUCCUGGAAAGCCUCCGCCACGUCACCCGGGGGCAAUGAGACGGUGUAAGGUGCAUCCGAUGACGUGCCGGAGCGCAAGGGAGUUGCGUUCGUUGUAGGAUUGAGGUAGCCGUACUCGUGUCGUGCAACUUUGAGGACGUUGUUAGCUGGCGGGAUGAUGAAGAGCCCAGAACCAAAGUUGAGGUAGACGGGCAUUUCAGCCAACGCGGCUUGCUCCUCGUCCGUGAUAUCCAGAUACGCGAGGACCUGGGCCGUCGCGGCUGCGCGGCCUGCAAGGUCUACGAGACCACCAGUCCAAGCCCCUGUUGCGAGAACAACAAGAUCAGCCGAGAGCUGCCUGCCGUCGGAGAGCUUCACUCCAGUAAUCUUUUUGCCGUCCCGAUUGAGACUGGCUGCAGUGCCUGACACGAAUUUGACUCGGCCAGUCUCCUUGACUUUGCGUAGAAGCCACUGCAUUGACCGGUCCGCAUCAGCCCACCCAGAGUUGAGGUUUUGGUAACCCCAAACACCUGAGUUGACGUGCCCAGUACCAACGGCAUCACGAAUAGCCUCGAUAUUGGGCAAGAGCUUAAGCUUUCCCUGAAGCGAUGGGUCCUUCUCUGCCAUGGCAUUGACAUUUUCCCAGCUCUGCUUACAGUAGUAAGCGCCGUCCUUCUUGGCUGCAGCGCCGGAAGGAACAUUGUCAACGACCAACACCAGACCGCUUUCACUGUAUCUCCCUUGGCCACCAAGAUCGUCAUCUCCUUGCUUCCGCCACUCAUGCUGAGCUUCGGCAGCUAGAGCAGCAUAGGCAGGGUCAGCAUAAUCGGCGCGGAUUAUGCGAGAAGUGUCAAUGCUUGAGGCAUCUCGCGAUGGGAACAAGGCUUCAUCCACCGAGCGGUCAAGAACAGUUAUGGUAGUGUUGGAAUAGGCAUCGCGGCGGGCAAGAGCAUAUGCAGUUCCCAGGCCAAACACUCCCGAACCAACGAUGAGGAUGGAUGAAGGGGUGUUGGAUCGUUGAUUAGAGUAAGAGGAUUUGCUUGACAUGGUAGAGAGGGGACGGAAGACGUAAGGUCAAGCUUGGGGUUUCAAGGCCUUAAAAAGGGUAACUUUGUAAUUCGUGUGUGAGUGUGUAUGUGUGAUGGCCAGUUGGCUUAGCUCAGCGCAAUGAAAUCGCGUUGGAACGAGGCGGUCUGUGUGGUUUCCCGUUAUCCGGUAGCGGCACGGCAGACUGUUGGGCUGUUUCAGUUGAAUGUAUUACUGCCAGACCCGUCAAAGCUAGGAACGAAGAGACUUGAGGUUCAAAUUUCUGCAGAUUCCAGACUCAAGCGAAUGGGAAAGCAGUCUUUUGAGACAAGAGCAGCAGCGAGAGACGGGUUGCUUUGUCGACUGCUCAUUUGGAGAAAGAGAUGGAGGAAAAAGAGGAAAUUUGCGAAUCUUAAAUCCGUGUCAGUCGAGCGAUUUCAUCAGCUCCCAAGAAGCCCCGCUCCGUAGCCGGCGUGGGUAACUGGGCAGACUUUAGCAUGGGGGAUGCAACGGCGGGUGGGUACCUAUCCAUCGCGAUGCGUGCGACGCCCUUGACGCCCUUUAGUUGACUCCACCGAUAAGUCAAGCUCGACAGCCGGGGAGACAAGCAGAACCCAAGUAUACUAGAUCGAUAUUGUGGCAUGUGGUGUACCAAAGGCCUAAGCACUACUGCAGAUCGCUCCGCGUCUAGACUUGGGGGUUAUGCUCCGUAGUCAUGGCGUUCUUUUUUUUCCCAACGGUCAAGGGGUAGGUGUGUGAAAUUCCAUGCCAUGAAGUUCCUAAAAAAAGGUCUUGGGGCAUGAGAGAGUAAAAAGCGCGUCUCAUGCAUGCUUAUUCCUCGAGGUGCGUCUAUUCGGCACAUGUGAAUCCCUGAGUAAAACCCGUCCUCGAGGGUUAAAUGUUGAAGAGUACAGGUACGCUGUAGCGAGUUUCAAUGUGGACCGAGAACCUAAACCUGGAAGUCAAGUUAAUAGGUAGAUCUGGUCGUAAAAGGAGAAUUAUAUGUACUGUAGAUCUGGAUGAACAGAUAGACAUGCUUGACAGGUAGCUGAACAGACCAAACCAGAGAAGUUGAGUGAGGAAAAUCAACAGAAGCCAGCUCUAGCGCUGGAGGGGUGGACUUGAAAAAAUGGGGCAAUUCCUCCCACGCUCCAGAAAUCCUAUUGGCCAGUCAGUCCCACGUCGUCUGCACGCGCCUGACAUGAUUGACUUUGAAGUUUGAGGAAGGUGCAUUCAUUCAUGGUUAAC